AUGUCGUUGAGUGAAAGUAUCAAAAAAAGUUUAUUAUUUGAAAAAGAAGAGUUAGACACAGUUCGGGAGCAAAUAUUAGACGCAAAAGGGACGAGUUUACCGAAGUCACAACCGGUAAAUCAUCAUCAAUCAUUAUUCUUCCUAACUCAUUUGUUCUGUUGCUGUUAUCCAUGUAAAAUAUGCAGCCGUAAUGAAAUGAAUCUCAAUACCAACAACAAUUUACCAUCAGCGUCUAAAGCUAUCGCCCUAGAUUCUUCCUUUCUUACUAAUACUAUUAAAAAUCCUUCGCAAAAAUUUUCCGGUUCAUCAACCUAUCAUCAUUCCGUAUUUGAUGACAACGGUAUUCAACGAUUGAAAAUGCUUUCAAAUUAUCUGUGA